AUGAAGGUCUUAGUUACCGGAGCUGCAGGAUUCAUAGGAAGCCACACCGUUUUAGAAUUGAUUAAUGCUGGCCACGAUGUUCUGUGUAUAGACAAUUUCUCGAAUUCCAUCUCAGAUGACCAAGGAAACGCUGUAUCUUUAACUCGUGUUAGUGAGCUUGCGGGCAAGCCUGUACCAUUCGUAAAAUGUGAUGUAUGCAAUGAAGAGCAGCUUGAGAAACUGUUCAGUGAGAAUAAGUUUGAAGCUGUUAUUCAUCUAGCAGCUCUGAAAGCAGUUGGACAAUCUGUUGUUAAGCCUUAUGAGUACUAUUCCAACAAUCUCAUCGCCAGCUUGAGUCUUAUUAAGCUUUGCCAAAAAUACAAUGUUACAAACUUUGUGUUCUCCAGUAGUGCUACGGUAUAUGGCCCACCAAAAGAAUUGCCAAUUACCGAGAACAGUUCCACCGGACAGGGAAUCACGAACCCAUAUGGGCAAAGCAAGUACAUGAUGGAACAAAUUUUGAUCGAUGUUGGACGUGCCAACCCCGAUUGGAACAUCGUUUUACUCCGAUACUUCAAUCCAGUUGGAGCUCAUCCAAGUGGUUUGAUUGGCGAAGAUCCCAAGGGAGUUCCAAACAAUUUGAUGCCAUAUGUUAGCCAGGUUGCCAUUGGAAAGUUACCCGUUCUCACAGUUUACGGUGACAAGUUCGAUACUAAGGAUGGAACUGGCGUUCGUGAUUAUAUCCACGUUGUAGACUUGGCUAAAGGACAUCUCAAAGCUUUGAACAGAAUCGAGAGAGAAGGCAAAAUCGGAACAGAAAUUUAUAAUCUCGGCACAGGAGUUGGCUACUCUGUUCUCGAGAUGGUCCACGCUUUAGAAAAGGCUAGUGGAAGAAAAAUCAACUACCAGUAUGGAACUCCCAGACCAGGUGACGUUCCUUCUGUCUUCUGUGACCCUAAAAGAGCUCACGAGAAGUUGGACUGGAAAGCCGAGUUAGGAUUAGACGACAUGUGUCGUGAUUUGUGGAACUGGCAAAGCAAAAACCCUAAUGGUUUCUCUAAAGCAUAA